GGGAGUCAAAACACCAAACAGAUAUCUGCGCACACCUCCACGCUUCUGGUCGUGGCCUUACUAUGGUUCACACAUGUGUGGUGGCUGGCUGUAGGAACAGAAGGACACCAGGCACCGCAUUAUCUUUCUACCGUUUCCCCCGGGACCCCGAGAGGAAGCAGCGGUGGAUAGCUGCUGUUAACCGGGAGGGAUGGGUGCCUAACGACGGCAGCAGGCUGUGUAGUACUCACUUCAUCUCAGGUAAACAGGUGAAGAACCCACGUUCUCCGGACUAUGUUCCUUCUUUGUUCACGCCCGCUCCCUUAUCUCCAGAGAUGAAGGAGCCCGGUUCCUUGGAGAUCCUGGACAAGCAGGAGGCCCGUGUGGAGGCGGCUAACGCCUUGCUGUUCCUGCAGGGCCAGGGCAGCUCUGCGGUGGUGGAGCGAGGCCAGGAGGAGCAUCCUGAGCAGAGGGAGCAGGAGGCCGCUGUGGAGGAAAGUGCAUCCUCUUCCCUCAGCAGUGAUGAAGACGAUGAAGAGGAUGAUGAAUCAAUCGACUGCAAGAAAGGAAAGUUUGCUCCUCACACGUCAGACGCAGCGGUGAACUUUGACAAUGUCCUGAAAGCCCUGAAGAAGGAGAACCAGACCCUCAGGGAGUCUGUGGACAAAAUGUCCCUCUCUGAGAACUCCUUGAGGAACGAUGCAGAGAAGGUGAAGUUCUACACUGGUCUGCCAAACUACUUUGUCCUGGAGACGGUCAUGUGGCUGCUGGCGCCUCACAUGGACGGCAUGAAAACCGUGAAGCUCUCCAAGUUCCAGCAGCUGCUGCUGACGCUGAUGCGACUCCGCCUGGACCUCCGUAACCAGGACCUGGCCUACCGCUUUGGAGUGAAAGUCGGCACAGUGACCAGGACGGUGCACCAGAUGGUCAACAUCAUGUCUUCCACUCUGGUGCCGACCGCUGUCUUCUGGCCCUCCAGAGCCGAGCUGCGUAAAAACCUGCCUGUAGCUCUGCGCACCUCCCACCCCGACUGCGCCGUCAUCAUCGACUGCUUCAUGGUGCCUUUCGAGGAGCCGGUUUCCCGAGGCAACCAGCAGCAGCAGAGGGUAGUGUCGAGCUCUCAGGUGGGCGGGACAAGUUAUAAUGUUUUGAAGUAUCUGAUUGGUGUUGCUCCACAAGGCGUGGUCACGUUUGUGUCUCGGGGCGUCCUGGGCAACGUCGGGGACAAAAGCCUGGCGGAGGGCUGCGGGUUCCUCUGCAAGCUCCUCCCGGGCGACGUUGUGUUGGCGAGUCGAGAUCUGGACAUUGCAGAUUCUGUGGCCGCCAGAGGAGCCUUGUUUAAAAUAGCCGGCAGCUACCAAGGUGAAGCGAGCCCACCACUGCCUGACUCCUCCUCUGAGACAGUGAGUGUGCAGAGGCAUGUGCAGAGGGUGCUCUCCGUGGUGAAGCAGAGGUACGCCAUGCUCACCGGCCCGGUGGAGAGUCCUUUCACCACAGUCUCCGAGCGCACCUCCAACCUCUCAACGUUUGAUAAGAUUGUGCAAGUUGCUUGUGCCUUAAACAACUUGUGCAUCUCUGCUGCUCCACUGGAGUGAUUCUACAGUGCUCCUUAAGUUCCCUUUACUGCUUUGGUCCUUAUUCCACACUCUCCCACUUUACAUCCCAGUGUGAACACUACAUCAUUCUGAGUUAUAUAUGAACUUUAUUUUACACUUUGACUGAAUGUUACACGCUGUUGUUUAGGUCAGUUUGUUCUUGUAAUAAAAGCAAAUCCAGAAACCACAUCGCUAAGAGGUCCCUGCAGUUGGAUGUUUUGAAGUGGGGUUGUUUGAGGUACUUGUACAUAUUCAGUGUACCACUUUCAGCAGACAGGAGUGCUGUUAUAGAAGGAAAGCAAUAUACUGCCAUGGACGGUGACAGCAGUGAAAUGUAAAUGAGCCACCUAGAUUAAAACAUUAUCAGUUUAAGUGUAAGACUUAUUUUUCCCGCUUUAACUUGCUGUGAGAUAGAUAAACCAAUGAUAUUUCGAACAGAAAACUGAAGCCAAUAUUUGGGCUCUCUCCCAAGAUCCAGAAUGCAUUUUAAAAACUGUAAUUUUAAAUCUUAGAAAACAGUAGUGGUUGUUCUGCCUCAAACGGUAACUUUGUUUGCAUUAUUGUGUGACUACGGUGAAUAAAACAUAACUCAACCAUCACAAUAACACAAACAAACUAAUCAAUCAAGGCAGCAAUAGACCUGCAUCCUCUAGAUGCUUAAAAUAUGUUCUGCUACUCGAUGAGAAGUACCUCCUACAACCCCACUUUAUAAAACCCAAGCUAUCCCUUUAACUUGAUAUGUGUUGAAGUGUAUUAACUGCAGUUUAUGUAGUGCACACAAUGUUCUCCCUUAUUUAAUCCUGUACAUUGUGAGAGUAGUUUUCCACCCCUGUGAAUCCUGCAGCAGCAGACUCCUGAUUGAUCCUCCCUCUGCUGAACCAGCUGUUUCUUAUGACUCAAUAACUGUAAACACAGAGAGAUAUGAAACACAGCCGCAUGUUCAUCCGAGUUUCCCCUGACUGAUCAGCAUGCCCAGAUAUCAACAUGUCAUCAAGAGUUUUGAGGGGUUAUUUAUUUGGCAUUUUCACGCGUUUUGCCAGCCAAAAACAAUCACUAGGGGAUGAUUAGCUACCUGUUAGCACAACACCACCCACAGACAGGUUGACCAUCUGGUGUGGAUCAAUCUGCUGUAGAAACACAGCUUAUGACACGGGGUUUUCAACAAUAGCUUCCAGGCUGACAGCACAUCUUGGGAUGGCAGAUGCCUUUGGGCUUUACUGGGGUUGAUGACACAUUAAAUCACUGGGUGGAAAAUAGCAGAAACUGAGCAAAAAGAUGUGCGUUUCCCCCACAGGCCACGAUACAGCACUCAAAGGCUGGAUGAAGGCUUGCAAUUUAGUGAUUGUAUAAUUAACAAUGAUGUGCAAGUUAUGUUUUUUUAUUCCAGUCACACAAAGCUUCAGGUUUCACACAUAUGUCCUGGUGAGAGUGGGAACUUACUUCUGUUUCCCAGUAUCUACGUUUAGUCCAACGUCACACAACUGAUAAGAGGAUCAAUGUGGGCUGAAGUGAAAGGGAACGUUUGGAUCUUUCAUGCAGAGAUUAUCCAUAGUGGGUGAAUUAUCUUCAGUUGUUGCCAGUUGCAGUUAUGGGAGGAAAAGCAAUGUACUACAUAUAAAAUAAUCAAUAUCAGCGAUAGUUAGACCAUAUUCUAUCCAUCUCUUUCCUUCAGCGAUCUGAGGCUGGGAUCUUCUCUCUCCUGAAAGCCACCAAAACUCCCAGGAAACACCUCAGAAGUUACUGAUAUACAACUAACUCAAUCGAUUCUUUGUAACUCUGGUUUGCUUUGGUUCUCUAAAGUCACACAACCUCACUAAUCAAUGGAGGCACCAUUGGACCAACAACACCUGUGUUCUGACGUUAAAUUCACAUUUUAGUCAACGGAGAAAGCGGGUCCAGUCCCUGAUGGAAAGAGCUGUCUGACUGCGAUGUAAAGCGGGAAUCCAUCAGUCCAUUGCUUUACUUCUGUGCAGGUUAUCCCAUCUGCUUCUCCAAACUGGGGUCAAGUAGACAACUAUCAACUGUAUUUAGUAAUUCACUGGCUAUGAAUAAAACCCACUUCGAAUCAUCCCCUAAAGCGCCAUCUUCUUCUAAAUUCCUCCAGCGAUGCUUCACAGUCACACUGAAUCAAAGUGUCGUUUCAGAUGCGUUAUGGAAGGACUGUUGAUUUUUCACAGACACUGAAGAGUUGUGCAGUGACGUCUCUCUCGGAGAAUAUACAUUUCAUUCUCAUCGUGUUGUUUUCUAAUUGAUUGUAAGCGUUUCACCACAGAGAUGUUUCUGUUAUGUACAGAACAUGCUGGAGGUUGUUCUGCAAGAAAGAUUACACAGCCAUUAAACUCUUCUUCUGUUUUUAAUAGUCUGUUAACUGAAGCUAAGAUAUGGGCUUACAUGUAGUCGCAUAAACUGAGAUGUGUUUUUUAUAGACACUUUAUCUUGCGCAAUGUGUUCUCCUGCUUUGAUGGUGCCUUAGUUUCUAAAGCUGGUUCUUCUGGUACCAAUCAGCCUGCUUUUUCUACAGAUAUUCCUUUUCUACAUCAUGCAUCAUGCAAUAGACCCUUUUACUGGUUACUAAGCUAAACGUCUCUUAUUGGUCACUUUGGUUUUACUAUAUGUGUGCAGUAAGAAAUGUUCCCAUUAUCUUUUAAGGGCUUCACCCUCUACCAUUCAAUGUGUUUAAAUAAUGUCAAGUUAUUAACCAUAGAUUAUGUUUUAAGGGGAAAGUUUGUGCUUUGGCUGUGCUCCUAAAAUACAUUCAGGAAAGUUUAAUUUCACAAUUUGGACGCUAUUGCAACAACGGAGACUUAGUGGUGCUUCUUAAAGCAGUGUGUGGAUCACAAAGCCCAGAGUGGAAUGUGCCUUUUUGGAUGUCCCGCUCACGUCGAUGGCUGUGUGUCUUUUCUAAUCAUUUAUGUGUUCCGUGUGCUUGUAGAGUAUCCUGUUGUUCUUGAGAACAUGAAACGGAUUUUCUGUCUUCCUGUGAUUUCAAUUGUUUUUUUUAGCAAGCAAGGAUGUGCUUUCCUUUUAGAGGCAUGGUGGUCAUCACUGGUAAUGUAAACCAACCAGCCGGUUUACACCAACAACACAAAGAUAUUAGUAAAACAAAGGUUGAUGGAGGGACUUCAGUGACGUUGUUCUCUAUGAUACAAAUGAAAUGUAUGAUACAGAGUAUGCCAUAAUGUAGGCAUAUGAAAAUAAUAGCAAUAAUAAGAAUAAUUGAGAUAAAAAGCUGGGGGAAAAAAUCAUGAAAUUAAGUAUUUAUAAUAAAGAUAAAUAAACACUAGUAUAAUAAGUUCAUAUAACUAAAAGGUAGAUGAAAUAUGAAAUCCUAAUAAAUGGGAAAUAUGUAUGAAUAAAUUAUAGAUUGAUCAAUUAGUAAAUAUCAAUAGAAUAGUUUUCCUAUUGAUAAUACAACACACUUCCCCAAGGAUCAAUGAGUAAUAAACAACAAUAUAAUAACAGGAAAUAAUGUUCAAUGCAU